AUGGACCCCCAAUUGGUCUUGUUCCGCCGACAAUAUCUCCAGCUGUUCGAACCUGAUUUUCUGGCAUGGCCGCCUGCACAGCUGCUCAGGAACGCCGACGUUCAAGGAUGGCUCUUUAACAACUUGUUCAACCAUGAAAAGAACCCGCACCUGCCGCCUCAAAGGUACCAGGUUCGCGUACUGAAACUGCUGGUCGCCAAAAUCGAGAAGGCGAUUGAAGAUCCCGAGGAAGAUGAAAUAUCGGAUGAUCUCAUGACCCAUCUCUCAGCACUCAUGACGGAACUGCCCUCGGAAUUGACUGCAGUUCAACAAAGAGCCUACGUCAGCUUCACAUGUCUUCCGGGCAAUGCGAGCGCAAACAACGAGGAUGAGGUGACCGAGGAACCCACCAUAACUCUCCUCGAGCGGCGCCAUCUCAUAUCGGGCUCCCGCACUACGGGAUUCAGGACGUGGGAGGCUUCACUACAUCUCGGUGCUUACCUUCUCUCCACCCCAGCAACCCAAGACCUAGUGCGGAACAAGUCCGUCCUCGAACUAGGUGCUGGAACGGGCUUUCUUUCCAUAUUAUGUGCGAAGCACCUUGGGGCAAGGCACAUCACGACGACUGAUGGCGACGAGGGAGUCGUCGAGGGGCUCAAGGAAAACAUGUUUUUGAAUGGCUUGGGUGAAAGCGACCAGGUGACGGCCAGUAUCCUGCGAUGGGGGUGGGCCUUGAAGGGGACUUGGGUUGCAGAUGAUUGCGAUGAAUGGCCUUACGAUGUUGUCAUCGGCGCAGACAUUACCUAUGACAAGGUGGCAAUCACAGCGUUGGUAGGCACGUUGGGGGAGCUGUUUGAACUUCGCCCCAAGCUACAAGUCGUCGUCGCAGGUGCAGUGCGCAACGCCGAUACCUUUGAGGCUUUCAGGCAGGAAUGCGGUAUGUACGCUGACCACUACUCACCAGCACGAGCGCAAUUUAACUUGGACGACAUACAAUUCGAAGCGAAGCCUGUUCGCGAGCAAAAGGCCUUGUUCUACGCUGCGGCGGUGCCGUUCCGUAUAGUUUUAAUCACAGUACCGACUCGCCAGGAGUAG